AUGGCAUUUGUUUAUCACAACACAGGAAGACAAUGGUGUAAAUCAUGCAAUCCAGAACGCUUAAUUGAGGAUGACCCAUUUCUUGAAUACAUUCCUUAUGGAAAUCUUGAAAUUAUCAAAAGAAUUGGUGAAGGUGGCUAUGGGGUUGCGUAUCAUGCCAAGUGGCAUGAUGGAUUGAGAUACUGUGAUGGGAAUGUUAAAAGUAAACACAAAGUAAUUGAUGUCGCUAUGAAAGAAAUAAAAAGUGGUUAUGAUAUAUUCCUUGAUUUUUUAUCAAAGAUUGAAGCUUAUUUUAAAUGCUUCUAA